AUGUCGCGGAUGAUCAACCAGCCGUCGAACCAGAUCAAGCUGACUAACGUGUCGCUUGUGCGCCUGAAGAAGGGCAAGAAGCGCUUCGAGAUCGCGUGCUACAAGAACAAAGUCAUGGAGUGGCGGUCCGGGAUCGAGACGGACCUGGACAACGUUCUGCAAAUCCCCAACGUGUUCCUCAACGUGUCCAAGGGUCAGACAGCGCCCAAGGAGGACCUGGAGAAGGCGUUUGGUAAGACCAAGAGCACGGACGACAUCGUGCUGGAGAUCUUGAAAAAGGGUGAGAUGCAGGUCGGCGGGAAGGAGAGGGCAGAGCAGCUAGAAAGAGUGCACAACGAGGUCAUCGGCAUUGUUGCGAGUCGGCUUGUGGAUCCGAGGACGAAAAGGGUCUACACGACCGGGAUGAUUGAGAAGGCGUUGGACAUGUUGUCGUCCGCGGCGCACGGGGAAGAAGGCGCGGACGCGAAGAAGAGCGGGUCGAAGACGGCGAGCGGCGCGGGGACGCCGGCGGCCGGUGAGGACGGGGACGCGAAGCCGCGCGAGAAGGGGAUCCACUGGACGGGCGUGACGACGACCAAGUCGGCCAAGUCGCAGGCGCUGGAGGCGAUGAAGGCGCUGAUUGCGGCGCAGCCGAUCCCCGUGCAGAGGGCGCGGAUGAGGCUGAGGGUGACGUGCGCGACGAGCGUGCUGAAGCAGGCCGUCAAGGAGAAGCCCGCCGCCGCCAAGGAUAAGGGCAAGGGCGGCGACAACAACAACAAUGACGACGACGAGCCGAAGCAGAAGCCCGGCACGGUCAAGGACCGGAUUCUGGGGUUCGUGGAGCAGGUCGAGAGCCAGGACGUGCUGGGCUCCGAGUGGGAGGUGGUCGGCUUCGUGGAGCCCGGGGCGUUCAAGGGCUUGGGUGACUUCAUCGCCGGGGAGACGAAGGGGAUGGGGAGGGUCGAAGUCUUGGACAUGGCCGUAAUUCACGAGGAUUAG